AUGACAAAUAUACAACUUCAGAUCCUAUCGGAUCUCCACCUUGAGUCUCCAGCCGCCUAUGAUAUUUUUAGCAUCGUCCCCAAGGCGCCAUUUUUGGCAUUACUAGGAGACAUUGGCUACGUUAUGGAUGAGGGGUUUUUCCCCUUCCUUCGCAAGCAGCUGGCGAUCUUCCGGGUUGUCUUUCUGGUUCUAGGAAACCAUGAAGCCUACCAUAGUAGUUGGACGGAGGCAAAGUCUAACGUGGAAAGUUUCAAACACGAUAUAGAUGAGACUUCUCGGAACGGCGAGGCGCUUGGAGAAUUUGUUCUGCUCGACCAAACGCGCUACGAUAUCUCACCAACACUCACCAUUCUCGGUUGCACGUUAUUCUCACGUAUCACAGAAGAACAAAUAGAGAGCGUCAGCUUUGGUCUAAACGAUUUUUAUCACAUUCGCGAUUGGUCGAUUGAAGCCCACCGAGAAGCACACAUUGCAGAUCUUUCCUGGUUGAAUAAGGAAAUCGACUCAAUUUCGCGCUUGGAGCCUGACCGGAAAGUCAUUAUCUUGACUCACCAUUGUCCUUCAACGCAUCAAGAGGUCGUCGAUCCCAAACAUAGUAACAGCAAGCUUUCCUCUGGAUUCAUGACGGAUCUAUCAAAUGAGCAAUGCUGGCAACGUGAAAUUGUCACACUCUGGGCGUUCGGACACACGCAUUUCAACUGUGAUUUCCAAGACUUAACGACAGGGAAAAGAGUAGUAUCUAACCAGAGAGGCUACUACUUCUCACAGUCUACGGGAUUCAAUGCCGAGAAGGUCGUUGAACUUUAG